AGUCAAUCAUUCCUACCUUAUAUACUCAAUACUCCACACUUCCGGCAGCCACUUCCGACGACCCAACGCCGUUCAAUGGCCCCCUCAUUCCGCCUUUUCUGCUCUCUCUGCAUCAUCCUCCUCCUCUCCGUUCAUGGAAACUCCUCCAGCACCUCCGCUUCCGACCGCGAUGCUCUCUUCCUCCUUCACCGAGACUUGGCCGGUCAACGCAGUCCCAGUCUCCGGGAUCCCUGCAACUCCGCCGGUAUCUUCUGCGAACGAAGCCGGGUCACGAGGAUCGUCUUCCGAUCGGAGCGGCUCGGGGGGACUCUCUCCCCGGCGAUUUCGAGGCUGUCGGAGCUCAAGGAGCUCACUCUGACCGACAACCAACUCUCCGGCCAGAUCCCCGCUCCCAUUCUUAACUGCCGGAAAAUGGAAGUCCUGAAUCUCCGAGGGAACCGGCUUUCCGGUCAGGUCCCGCCGAAGCUGUCCUCUCUAACCCGCCUCCGGAUCCUCGACCUUUCAUCGAACAUGUUGUCUGGGAAUCUCAAUUUCCUGCAGAAUUUUCCCAACCUGGAAAAGCUCUCCCUUGCCGACAAUCUGUUCGCCGGAGUGAUACCCCAGUCCCUGAGAACGUUCCGAAAUCUCCGUCUCCUGAACCUUUCCGGCAACAGCAUGCUCAAAGGUCCCGUGCCGGCAAUUGAUCAAGUCCAUUAUCUUUCAACAGGGAUGAAGGAAAAUGAUGAAUCUCCGAAUCGCUAUAGUUUUGCAGAAAGCAAAAUCGAGACCACAUUAGCGCUGCCUCCCAAGGGAGCAAUCGUCCAGCGAGCUCCUCAUCCGGUGGCCCCCGCUCCGGGUCCCCGUCCCCGAUCAAGUGCGGCGGCAGCUGCUAAAAAGCACAGAAAGAGAGAAAAGAAACUCAAGGGAUGGAUCAUCGGAUUCGCAGUCGGAGCUUUUGCCGGGGGUUUAUCCGGCAUGCUCUUCUCCAUGCUUUUCAAGGUAUUGAAGUUCUUGAUAACAGGGAACGGGAAGGACUCUGGCCUGACGAUUUUCAGCCCGUUGAUCAAGAAAGCAGAGGACUUGGCUUUCUUGGAGAAAGAAGACGGGGCUGGCUUCCAUGGAGAUGAUCGGAAAGGGCGGCUGCGGGGAGGUUUACAAAGCCGAGCUCCCCGGGAGCGAUGGGAAGCUCAUAGCCAUCAAGAAGAUCAUCCAGCCCCCGAUGGACGCGGCGGAGCUCCGGGAUGAGCGGAGCAAGGACAUGAGCAAGAAGAUGCGGCAAAUCAAGUCGGAGAUCCAAAUCGUGGGCCAGAUCCGCCACCGGAAUCUCCUCCCCCUCCUGGCCCACAUGCCCAGGCCCGACUGCCACUACCUCGUCUACGAGUUCAUGAAGAACGGGUCGCUGCAGGACGCCCUCCAGGAGGUCUCGGAGGGGAAGCGGGAGCUCGACUGGCCCUCGCGGCACCGGAUCGCCGUGGGGAUCGCGUCGGGCCUGGAGUACCUCCACAUAAACCACACCCAGCGCAUCAUCCACAGGGACCUCAAGCCCGCAAACGUGCUGCUGGACGACAACAUGGAAGCCCGGAUCGCGGACUUUGGGCUGGCGAAGGCGGUCCCGGACGCCCACACGCACAUCACGACGUCGAACGUGGCGGGGACGGUGGGGUACAUCGCCCCGGAGUACCACCAGACGCUCAAGUUCACGGACAAGUGCGACAUCUACAGCUUCGGGGUGGUGCUGGCGGUGCUGGUGGUGGGGAGGCUGCCGUCGGACGAGUUCUUCCAGACUACGAACGAGGUGAGCAUCGUGAAGUGGCUGAGGAACGUGAUGGCGUCGGAGGACCCGAAGGAGGCCAUCGACGGGAGGCUGGCGGGGAAUGGGUACGAGGAGCAGAUGAUUUUGGUUCUCAAGAUCGCCUGCUUUUGCACCCUUGAAAACCCAAAGGAGAGGCCCAACAGCAAAGACGUCAGGUGUAUGUUAACUCAGAUCAAACAUUAAUUAAUUAAUAAUACAUCUUAUUAAUUACGUACGUUAUACAUACAUAUGAUAUGUGAUAAUAAUAAUAAUUACUCCGUAUAAGCAAGCAAGCAUGCAUGCUUGGGAUAUGAUGCGUUAAAUUAAAAUGCAUUUGAUCUUAAUUCGUUGGUUCUAUAUAUGUGUAUACAUGAUGAUGGUUUGUUUCUAUGGGAGUUUUGAUUUUGAAGAGGGAUUUAAGGGGGUUUAUUUUGGUAUUGAAUUUCCAAAAAUGUCCUUUGAUGUGAUAGGUAAAAGUAUGAUUUGAUGGAUAGAUUAUUAGUAAAAAGAUAUGAUGGGA